AGUAAAUAGAAGUUGAAAUGAGAACUCAGACGCAUUGCUGAAGUGUUUACUGCGUCGUGUAUUGCCAGAGCUGUUGAGUGCUUUGUGUAGUAUGACAAAUUACUACUAUAUACCCGCGACUAAUGUUAGAGAGGUCACAUAAUCGGUCAUGGUAUUGGGUUCAUUUUCUGUUUCUAGCGUUUGAAUUUGUCCCCUUUUCUUCUUUAAAUUUGGUCUACUUAACUAGUUAAUGCUAGAGUUUUGUGGUAAUGCGGUUUCAGUUAGGUAAUAUGAUCUUGAGCUCUGAUAUACAGAUGCGAAAUUUUACCGACUAGCUAUUGGUCUCGUGGUACUCUCUUUUCAGUGUUGGAAGAGGUCCCAAGUUAAACUCCCCUACCCGCUUUGAUAAAAAAAUUAUCUACCGAAUUUUAGGCCAAUUGGAUGGUUUUGUAAGUGUAUGUUGUUGAGUACAUGACGUCGAGUCAGACUCAAAACUACCCGCUAAGAUCUGCGAGCUCGAUCUCGUGGGUUUUGUUCUUUCCUUUUCCUUUUCCUUUUUCCUUUCAGUAUGACCUAUCACAGCUCCGUGCAUUCCUUAUAUGGUCAUGUACUCCAUUCAUUCCUUAUCAAGUGAUGUACUUGGCGUGAUCGAAUAAGGCAUCGACGAUUCACGGAAGUGCAUGGCUCCUAAUUACAUGAGAGUUUGUGCAUGUACACAUCAUUAACUAAUUAAGUUCGGAAAUGUGCAUAAACAGAAACGGUUAAAAUCUGUUAACCGUCGCCAAUCUUUGCUCAAGCUCUUCUUCUGCCAAGUCCUCUAAGCACCAUUUUCAGAGAAAAAACUUUGCUUUUGGGCUGUUUUGACCCAAUUAAAUGAAAGUUGGAGAGAGAGAGAGAGAGAGAGAGAGAGAGAGAGAGAGAGAACGCGCAAAAGCAUAGCCAAAUUGUUCACUGUGCACACAACAACACUUGACACAACUCAAAUUGGGUCGAGGGCAUUGAGUCGUAUGAUGACUAUUGUAUGAUAAGAGUAAUGCUAAUGAGACUAUUAAUUCUUUUGACUCAACAUACUGAUAAGUACACCAACUAUAAAGUCUUUGUCCAGUCGUACUUUUGAAUACAUGAGAUUACAAGUUAUCAGAUUUUUUAGCGCUUGCCAGUGACUAGUUUUGUUAAAUCAAAUAAAAUUGAUUUAUGUAUACCCUUUUUCCUCAAAUGCUCACUCGUUUGUUUCUAUUUCUUGAAUUUCCUUUGAUUUUGCUAUAAAAUAAAGGAAAGACUAGAUCGAGGGCAGUCAAGCACUUUGAAGAGUCUAUAACUAUGCAGUCCAAGUCGUCCUUAAUCUUGGAGAAAAACUUGGUUGUAACCGAACACAUAUUCCUGAUUAAAUUUUCUCACUCAUUACAUGACGGGCAUGAUAACUUAGGUAGGUGAUGGGGAUAUACUUCUAGUGACAUGUAAGAAUCUCCUCUCAGCGUGACAAGAUGAAUGGCCUUUAAAAUGACCUGAUGAUCUUCUCCUGCCUCCAUCACCCUAUCAAACUUAUUCCAUACAAACACACCCAUAUUUUCGAAACCACUAGCUCCAUGGUUUGUGUUAGAUUUCUUCUCCUUUCCUCACUUGCCAGGAAACCAGUCGGAUUUUUUUACCAGAAGAAAACAAUGACACCAAACGAACGUAUAAAGCACUCUUGCAUUUAAUUUACGUGUUGGCCAUUAGAGUCUUUUGUAUAUCUCUCAGUACAAAGACUAGGACUAAAGCGUGUUCAACUUUUUCUUUUUUCAAUGUGCAUUUUCUCUUCGAUUGAAAUUUCAACAACCCCUUCUCUGGGUUCUUUUAUCUAGUAAGUGUUAUAAAAAGAUAGAUAAUUUCAGAAGCUUCAGUACUAUCUUUCGUUUUGCUCUGAUCAUCAGCUUCGUUGAUCACAUAACAAAAUCUUUAGGCUAUAUUUUGAUGCAUGCAUGGCUUUCUUAAUUCAUACGCUCUUCAGUCAUGUACAACAUCUUGGAAUUUUUGUUUGUGUUGUGUUCUGGUUAUUGCUUAGUUGUAGCUUCUGCUUUGCUGUCGAGAGCGAUAUCAAUUGCUUAAAAGGUAUUAAAGACUCGCUUAACGACCCUUUAGGCUACUUAAACUCUUCAUGGGAUUUCAAAAACAAGACCGAAGGUUUCAUCUGUAACUUUCUGGGAAUCGAGUGCUGGCACCCUCACGAGAGCAAAGUUUUAAAUAUCAAGCUUUCGGAUUUGGGACUCAAGGGCCAGUUUCCUCGGGGUGUAGCAAACUGCACAAGCUUAACAGGCCUAGAUCUUUCAAGCAACAUGCUUAACGGACCUCUUCCUACUGAUAUUGGUAGAUUCCUUCCGUUCCUUACUUAUCUUGAUCUCUCAUCCAACAGCUUCUCCGGGUCAAUCCCAGCAAAUCUUUCCAAUUGUACCUAUAUGAAUGUGCUCAUGCUUGAUAACAAUAAGUUUACGGGUAAAAUUCCUCCACAGCUUAGCCAGCUCUCUAGGCUUACAAGAUUUACCGUGGCCAACAAUCUUCUGUCUGGUCAAGUCCCAGACUUUGGUAAUGCUACUGUUUUUAUCACAACGAACAAUACUGGACUCUGCGGGGGCAUGCUGACGCCUUGCCGGUCUUCUCAAGUGAAGACGUCCAUUGGUCUAGUUAAGGUUUUGAAGUCGCACAGUGUUGUGAUAACAGCAGCAGCUGGUUUUGGAUUUGCUUUUCCUUUGUCUUUCUGUUUUUUCCUUCCAAGAGCUCCCAGUGUGCGCAGUUUGUGGGUCUUUUAUCAAGGAUUUAAGCUGAGGUAGCCAGCAACACUGUAUUCUAAUUUCAUGAAAUGUUGUUAACUUAUUUUCUUUUCAUAUUAUAACAUGAGGAUUAAUAAUACUGCGUUAAGUGUGGCUGUCACGCUAAAAUAUUUCUUUCCAGUAUGAUAGCAAAACUGUGCCCCUUGAAGAUACGCACAUGAUCAAUUGGGCCAGGCGUCUCUCUGACCUGAUAACUAGUUUCGCCUCCCUACCCAGAGCUCGAGAAAAAACAGAAGGCCCAACAAAGGGAGAUGUUCACAGCUUCGGAGCUGUUAAUUCUUGAGUUGGUGACCGGUAAGAGAGUUAUCCACAUUUCUAAAGCCCCUGAAGACCAAGGGAGAGGCCUACUAUGUUGGACGUAUACCAGCUUCUAAGGGCCAUUGGAGAGAAAUUUAACUUCACAAUCGAAGAUGGGAUGAUGAUGCCUACAGACAAUGGUGAUCGUACUGUAAAGGCGAACUUAUUGUUGCUCGAGAGAUGAUUGAGAUGACCUGAAAAAAAGGUGAGAGUGUAUCAAUAUAUGGCCAGUACCCUUCUGUAAUUAUCUGUUUUUGUGUACUGUAAUGAACAUUAUUAUUACAUAUAUGAGUUAUGCUUUAGUUAACUUUUGGACCUGCUUU